AUGGCGACGAAAGCGCUCCGCCGUAUUUACAGUGGCGAGAUGAAUGCCGUCAUGGCCGUUUUUCUGCGAGACGAUGUUACCGCUGGAGGCUUCCUAGAGAACUUUCUUUUUAGCAUAUUUCGACAAUUACAAGCCAGGCGUACACAGAAAGAUGCAAGCGAGAGCCACUUGACAAAGCACCAACAUUACCUUGAUGCUAGGAGGGGAAACAGUUCCGAAAGACUUCGAGCCCAGCUCUUGCGAGAGGCCAUUUACUUGCGUCUUGACCAGCUGUCUCGAGCCUUUCUGGUCAUUGAUGAUGUUGACAGAUGCAGCGCCACCGCCAGCCUGUUACUUGAAAAGGAGCUCUCUGAUAUGGCAGCACACGGCUUGAAGGUUUUCCUCACAUCACGCGUUCCUAGCCUCAGGAGACUUCCACCAAAAGUCAAGUGCGACUCAUGCCCAAAGAAUGGAACGGAGAUCAUUGUGUAUUGGAAAUGCAAGGGUUGUGUGGAAAGAGGCAUCGAGCCGAAGAAUGCACAUGUACUGUGUCAAGUUUGCAGAGAUGGCAAGAAGCCGUGUAAUUCUGGCUGUGAUCCGUCAAACUUCGUCCAACCGUUCGACUACGUCGAGGUGAAUCUUUAUUACCAUAAUCAAUUCAAUCGAUACAUUGACUGGGACCUGGAGAGAGAGCACAGAGACCUCGGCCUUGGCAGCGGUGUCCAAAGCCUGCCUCCACAUUCCGAGCUAGGCAAACGGAUUACGGAACCGCAAAACCACGAGGCACUGAAGGAACUCCCGGGGAGAAUUGUGGAACAGGCCGAGUUGAACAUCAGUCUUGCCCGUUUACGCCUCGAAAACCUUCAUCGAGCACAUCCUGCAGACGUUAUCAACCCAACGGUGGCGGAUGUUUUACCAGCCAAUAUCGUAGCUUUCUUUGAUGCCGGUAUGAAGCGUAUCGAAGAGCAGGCACCACCUCAGCGUGCGCUAGGCCUCCGCGUUACUGCUGCAGUAACGAACUUUGACUUCGAUCAACGUGGCCUGGGUUUUGAGGUCCUGGAUGAGGUUCUCCGCAACGCAGAGCGACCAAAUGCUAGACAUGAAGCAAACAGAACGCAUUCAGCACCAGUCAUGUCGACGACUGCGCUUCCCAAAAGCGACGGAGAGGAUGAAGACGCUCAUGUGCUAGGUCCAAGACUCAGAGAAAUGCUACAUGCUACGCGCGGUUUUGUGGUGGUUAAGCCCUUCGCAGACUAUCCGAUGGUUGCUUACUGUAAAACAUUUCAUAUGUACGCGAAGGAGAACUACAAUGAGGCUUUGAUACAGGCUCGAGAGGGUCUUGAUUUCCGAAGGAUACAGUUCGAUGCUUCUGGUCUUGGUCGCUUAGUUGAGUCCGGUAGGUAG